UUGCCUUCCCCGCCGCUAAGGAACUCCUAGCUCCUGGUCGCAGAACUCAGCUCUGGUCUCUGGCAUCGGGGAGCACCACUGGGCGUCCUGAUCCCUGGGCUAUCACAGUACGGGCAGCAUGUGGCUACCAGAGGGCACCGGGGGCAGCAGGCGGACAGCCGGCCGAUUCGGAGAGGCCCUCCGAACAGCGUUAAGGCCCAGAAGGCACCUGUAUCGCUAGCCAUCCUAUCCGUCUCCGAACCUCCACCAGAGGAGUCUGUCGGAGGAAGGAAGCGGAGCUGAAGGCCGACGAAGAGGGCCGACGGCCAGAGGACUGUGGGAUGUCGUCUCCCGUCGUCCCCUCCUUUCGAGUCCAGCGGGAGUGGCCGCCGCACGGCCCGAGCCCUCUGUAACGGUCCCUUGGAGUCCGGAAGGGGAGAGAACCGGAGAGAGAGAGCGAGAGAGAGACAUCCUCCAGGGGCGGAGAGGGGCAUAUCUUACUCAUAAUGGGCCUCCCUUCCCCUCCGCCGGCCUGACCCCCGCCAUGGUCCCGGUGUCCGCCCCGCUGAGCCUCUGAGCCCGGCCCCGCGGCGCCAUGGCGGCGAGGCCCACGGUCCAGACGGCGGCCGGCCCGGACAUGGUGACCGAGACUCUGGUGGCCCUGCUGGAGAGCGGCGCGGAGCGGGUCCUGCUGAUCGACAGCCGCCCCUUCGUGGACUACAACACGGCCCACAUCCUGGAAGCCAUCAACAUCAACUGCUCCAAACUCAUGAAGCGCCGGCUGCAGCAGGACAAAGUGCAGGUGACCGAGCUCAUCCAGCACUCGGCCAAGCACAAGGUCGAAGUCGAUCCGGAUCAGAAGGUGGUGGUGUACGACCACAGCUCCCAAGAUGUGGCCUCGCUCUCUGCAGACUGCUUUCUUACCGUGCUUCUGGGGAAACUGGAGAAGAGUUUCCGCUCGGUUCACCUGCUUGCCGGUGGCUUUGCCGAGUUUUCCCGCUGCUUUCCCGGCCUCUGCGAGGGGAAGUCCGCUCUGGUCCCAAGCUGCAUCUCCCAGCCCUGCCUGCCCGUCGCUAGCGCCGGCCCGACCCGCAUCCUGACACACCUGUACCUCGGCUGUCAGCGUGACGUCCUCAACAAGGAGCUGAUGCAACAGAACGGUAUCUGCUUCGUCCUCAACGCCAGCAACACGUGCCCGAAACCCGACUUUAUCCCCGAGUCCCACUUCCUGCGCGUCCCGGUGAACGACAGCUUCUGUGAGACCAUCCUGCCCUGGCUGGACCGGUCGGUGGAGUUUAUCGAAAGAGCUAAGGCCUGCAACGGUUGUGUGCUGGUGCACUGCCUGGCCGGGAUCUCGCGCUCGGCCACCAUCGCCAUCGCCUACAUCAUGAAGAGAAUGGACGUGUCCCUGGACGAGGCGUACAGGUUCGUCAAGGAGAAGAGGCCGACCAUCUCCCCCAACUUCAACUUCCUCGGCCAACUCCUGGACUACGAGAGGAAGAUCCAGAGCCAGGCCGGGGCCCUCGGGCCCAGGAGCAAACUGCAGCUCCGGCACCUGGAGCGGGCGAGCGAGGCCGGGUCCCGGGCGGGGACCACCCCCGGCCCCGACCCCACGCCGGCCUCCGAGCCCGGCGGCGGGCCCGCGGCCAGCGGAGAGGACCACGACGCCGACGCUGACGACUCCCUGCUCGAGGGCGUCAACGGGCUGCACGUGGCCUCGGACAGACUGGAAGACAGCAACAAACUCAAGCGCUCGUUCUCCCUCGACAUCAAGUCCGUGUCCUGCGUGUCCGGGACGGCCGGCUCCCGGCACGCCUUCCUCUCCUCUUCCUCCUCCUCUUCCUCCUCCUCCUCCUCCUCCUCCUCCUCCUCCGAGGCUGUGGCUUUGUACAAGCCGCCCGGUGCCCUGGAGGGGAGCGGCAAGCUGGGCCAGUUCUCCCCGGUGCGGGAAGUGUCGGAGCAGACGCCCGAGAGCAGCCCGGACAAGGAGGAGGCCGGCCCCUCCGCCCGGCCGCCGGAGAGCCGGGACGUCCGGGGCCCGGCCUCCCCGCGGCCUGCGCCGGCCCCCCUGCACCGGAGCGGCAGCGUGGAAGACAACUACCGUACCGGAGGGCCCCUGGGCUUCCACGGCAGCCGGCAGCCCCCGGCCAAGUCGGCGGCCGGGCGGGGCCUCGAGAGCUGGGACCUCCAGGGCCCCCCGCCCGCCGCCUCCGCCGCCGGCUGGUAUUUCGCCCCCGAACCUUCUCGCUUCUGCUCGGCCUCGGCCCUGUACCGAGGCGGCGCGGCCUGCUCGGCCUACAGCUGCGGCCAGCUCUCCGGGGGCGGCGGAGGCGGGGACCCGGCCCUGGCCGUGCGCCGGCGCCCCAAGCCCCGGGACCGUGCCGACUCGCGCCGGAGCUGGCACGAGGAGAGCUCCUUCGAGAAGCAGUUUAAGCGCCGGAGCUGCCAGAUGGAAUUUGGGGAGAGCAUCCUGGCGGACAGCCGGGCGCGGGAGGAACUGGGGGCGGGGGGCGGCCAGGCCAGCUUUUCCGGCAGCAUGGAGAUCAUCGAGGUGUCCUGAGGGGGACCCGCUUUGGCUGGGCGGGGGGGGGU